UCUGAAUGUCCAACCAGGAGGACCAUGAUCAUGAAGGCUGAUGGAGAAAUCACUAGUGAGUCUGAAAUCAGUGAAGAAGAAGUGGAAGAAGAAGAGUAUGAGGAGGAAGCUAUGCAGGGUGAUAUGUUGAUGGUGAGAAGGCUGUUGGGAAAUCAAAUGCAGCCACUGGAUGACAAUCAAAGAGAAAAUAUUUUCCACACCAGAUGUGUAAUUAAUGGUAAGCUAUGCUCUUUAAUUGUUGAUGGAGGAAGCUGUACCAAUGUUGCAAGUUCCACAUUAGUGACCAAACUGAAUUUGGAAACUAAGCCCCAUCCUAGACCAUACAAACUUCAGUGGCUUAGUGAAGAUGAAGAGGUAAAAGUGACUCAACAGGUUGAGGUGUGUCUCACCAUUGGGCGAUAUAAUGACAAGGUGCUGUGUGAUGUGGUCCCAAUGGAAGCGACCCAUGUGCUGUUAGGAAGACCGUGGCAGUAUGAUACCAAGGCAGUGCAUGAUGGCUUCACCAACAAAAUCUCUUUCCAGCAAGCUGACAAGAAGAUUGUUCUCAAACCGUUAUCUCCUCAAGAGGUUUGUGAGGAUCAGAUAAAAAUGAGAGAAAAGAAAAAGAGUGAGACACUUGAGAAGGAAAAGAGAGGAAAGAAAAAGAGUGAAACACUUGAGAGGGAAAAGAGAGAAAACAAAAAGAGUGAAACACUUGAGGGCAAACAGCUUUAUUUAGCAACAAAAAGGGAGGUGAGGAGGGUGCUUUGUGCGAGACAACCCCUCUAUUUAUUGUUUUCUCAACGUCAGAUGUUGCAUGCUAACCCAAUUGAUGAAUUUAAAUUGCCUUCUAGUAUUCAAUCUCUUCUGCAGGAUUUUGAUGAUGUGUUUCCAGCAAGUAUACCAGAUGGUUUGCCACCAUUGAGGGGAAUUGAGCAUCACAUUGAUCUCAUUCCCGGAGCGUCCUUGCCCAAUCGGCCAGCUUAUAGGAGCAACCCACAAGAAACUAAGGAGAUCGAAAGGCAAGUAUCCGAACUCCUGAGCAAAGGUUGGGUGAGAGAUAGUAUGAGUCCGUGCGCUGUACCUGUCAUUCUAGUACCCAAGAAGGACGGCUCAUGGAGGAUGUGUUCUGAUUGUAGAGCCAUAAACAACAUCACCAUCAAGUAUAGGCACCCAAUCCCCAGGUUAGAUGAUCUUCUUGAUGAACUGUAUGGUGCAUGUGUGUUUUCUAAAAUUGAUUUGAAAAGUGGCUAUAAUCAGAUUAGAAUCAGAGAGGGAGAUGAAUGGAAAACUGCCUUUAAAACAAAAUAUGGUUUGUAUGAGUGGAUGGUUAUGCCAUUUGGUUUGACUAAUGCACCUAGUACUUUCAUGAGAUUGAUGAACCAUGUUUUAAGGGAAUUUAUUGGGAAAUUUGUGGUGGUGUACUUUGAUGAUAUUCUUAUCUAUAGCACUAGUCUUGAUUUGCAUGUUCAACAUUUGCAAUCUGUUUUAAGUGUGCUUAGGAAAGAAAAAUUGUAUGCCAACCUAGAAAAGUGCUCCUUUUGUACUGAUCAUGUGGUGUUUAUGGGUUUUGUUGUUAGUGCUGAGGGAGUACGGGUGGAUGUGGAAAAGUACAUUGGCUGCUCCUCUAAAUGA